AUGUCUUUUAAUACGGAUUGUUUUGUUUGCCUUCAAAGAAUGUCUCCAGAUAAUGUUAUUGCUAUAUCUUGUGGACACAUGUUAUGUAAAAAUUGCUUUCAUACUAUGUAUGAUAUUCAACGACAGGAAAGGAAAUGUGGAAAAUGUAGGAGGCCUUUUAUAUUUUGUAUAAAACUAUAUUUUGAAAUGAGUGGUGAUGAUGAUACAUUAAAUGAAGAUAAAUAUAUAAAAAAUGUUUCACCAAAUAUGAUGUUAGAUGAAUUAAAAAGAAUACAUAGUUAUUCAGAGAUAUUGUUAGAUGAAUUAAAGAAAAAACAGAAGGAUGUUUUUGAGAGAGAUUUAAAGAUUAUUCAAAAAGAUGCUGAAAUUAAAGUUUUACAAAAUGAAGUUGAUAAUUAUCGUCAUUCAUAUCUUUUACAAAAAGCUAAAAUAACAAAAUUAAGAAAUGAAUUAGUUGACUAUGCUGCAAUAGAAGGUCAGUUAAAUAGUAUAAUGAGUCAAAUUGAUGGUACUCUUAAUACUAUUACCAAUACUGGAGCAACAACAACAACAAAUUAG